CCCUUCUUUCUCUUAAUUUCAUUGGGGUCUUCGUGCUCGAUCCAUCGCUGCCGCGCCAUGGCGCCCCAAUCCCCCGCCGGCGCGGCGAUGGCGAGGCGCCGCGGGAAUGCUGCGCCUUGGAUCGCCGCGCCGGGGUGGAAUGUGGGGGCAUCAGGGCUUGGUAGUGUGACUAGUGGUCAUUAGCUGGAUUAACAUUGUGUGUUCUUCCAGAUCCAGGUUGAAUCGAUUCACACCUCCUCCAUCCGCAAAGCUAUAUGAUCAGCUGGACGGAGUCUCUCGUGAAGAACUUCGAGGGGAUGUCGGGCCCGGCUCCAGGUUCCAGGCCUCGAGGGCGGCCCAGAAAAGAUGCGGCGGCAACCACAGCGGGAAGAUCCGUCGUCGUUGCUCCAGGUUUAGUGCCUUUCGCUACGUCCUCGAAUCUCACACAGCAGCAGCAGCAGCAGCAGCAUUCUCAGCAACAGCAGCAGCAUUCCCAGCAGCAAGACGAUCAACACGCAAGCCAGCAAACCAUCUUCCACCAGCAGCUACGAAUCCACCACGAAGACGACGACGAGGAAGAAGAAGUUGACGAAGAAGUCCACCACCACCACCCUCAUCCCCAUCACCACCAACACCAGCAUUCCCAGCAGCAGCAAUCGCAGUCCCAGCAGCAAUCACAGCCCCCGCAGCAACCAUCGCAGCAGCAGCAGCAAAACUUGGAUUGCGCGGAGGAAGACGAGUUCCUCGUCCGGAAGAAGAAGGAGAUCAAGAGGUCGUGGCGGGAGGAAUGGAAGCUCCAGCACAAGUGGGUGUAUCCGGUGAACAAGGAGAGCGGCGAGCUGCGGCUCAAGUGCCAGUGGUGCACCACUUACAACAUGGACAAUGUGUUCGCCAAGGAAGGGUGUAGCACCAUUCAGCUCAGCGCUCUCAACACGCACGCCAAGUCCGAGGCUCACAAGACGGCCGAGAGCCGAUGGGAGAGCUCCGACGCCGCCAUCACCGGCUUGACUGUUCUUCCCGACAACCUCUGGGGCUUCGGUGAUGCAGGAGAUCAGGGAGGAGGACUAGACGGGCCGGAGCUACACGGAUCAUCCGCGGCGGCCGCAGCAGCAGCAGCGGAGAUGAAUCGCAAGAGGAAAGCAGCAGCGGCAGCAGGCCAUCAACACCACCACCAUCCAUCGUCAUCCUCGCCAGCAGGAGCAGCAGGGGCAGGGAGAGGAAGCAGCGAGAGCCUGGGCGGCAUCUUGCAGAAGAACAACAGCCGGAUCGUGGAGGUGCUGCUGGAGGCGGAGAGCGGGAGGAACCGGCGGCACGCCGUGGACGUGGGGCUGGCCAAGAAGCAGUACGCGCUCGAGGACCAGCGGCAGCGCCUCGACGGCGAGCGGCUCCAGUUCGAGCGCGCGCGGCUGGACGCGGUGGUGCAGCUGGGCCAGCAGUACAACGCCGCGCUCGCCAACAUCGGCAAUGGCCUCCUCAAGAUCGGCGCCGCGCUCGAGCAAGCCAAGAAGCCCUAGUGGCCAUAAACCCUAACUUUCGAGUUCGAAAUUUUAAAAUGUUCGCGCGUCAAAGCUGACGAGGGGCCUGUACACGUGGCGUCUCUUUGGCUAAACCGUGCGUCUCUACUA